CUCCGCAGCCAGGCCUCGUCCGGGGCAUGAGAGUCGGCGGCGGGUUCCUCAGCGGCGGCGGCUCCGGCGGCUCCGGCGGCGGCAGGCGGGCGGAGAUGGAGCCCAGCUUCCCGCAGGGCCUGGUCAUGUUCAACCACCGGCUGCCCCCGGUCGCCAGCUUCGCCCGGCCGGCCGGCCCGGCCGCCCCUCCCCCGCAGUGCGUGCUCGCCCCCCCCGCGGCCCCGGCCGAGCCGCCCCCGCCGCCGGCCCCGGACAUGACUUUCAAGAAGGAGCCGGCGGCCUCCUCGGGCGCGGCCUUCCCGGCGCCGCGGACCCCGUGGGGCUUCCUGCAGCCGCUGGUGAGCAUCAAGCAGGAGAAGCCGGCCGAGCCCGACGAGCCGCCGCAGCACCACCACUACGGGGGCCUGUUCGCGGGCGCCGAGGACCGGGGCCCCGGCCUGGGCGGCGAGGGGGGCGGCCACGGCGUCAUCCAGGACCUCAGCGUCCUGCACCAGCAGCCGCCGCCCGCCCCGCACCACCGCGACGGCCUGCUCGGCGGCGGCGAGGAGCCCAAGCAGGACACGCACGUCAAGAAGGCGAAGAGGCCAAAGCCAGAAUCUCAGGGAAUCAAAGCCAAGCGGAAGCCCGGCGCAUCCUCCUCCUCCUCCUCCUCCGCCGCCGCCGCCUCCUCCUCCUCCAAGCCGCCGCCGGCCGCCGCCGACGGGGGAGAGGCGUCGGGGGGCGCCGUGCUCUCGCCCAGCCAGAAGCCGCACAUCUGCGACCACUGCAGCGCGGCCUUCCGCAGCUCCUACCACCUGCGCCGCCACGUCCUCAUCCACACGGGCGAGCGGCCCUUCCAGUGCGGCCAGUGCAACAUGGGCUUCAUCCAGAAGUACCUGCUGCAGCGGCACGAGAAGAUCCACAGCCGCGAGAAGCCCUUCGGCUGCGACCAGUGCAGCAUGAAGUUCAUCCAGAAGUACCACAUGGAGCGGCACAAGCGCACGCACAGCGGAGAGAAGCCAUACAAGUGCGACACCUGCCAGCAGUAUUUCUCCAGGACCGACCGGCUGCUCAAGCACCGGCGCACCUGCGGCGAAGCCAUAGCCAAGGCGGGGGCCCCGGGCGCCGAGCCGGGCUCCGCGGCCAACCCGGGCACCCUGGCGGGCAGCCUGGCCGCGCUGUCUCAGGGAAGCGGAGGCGGCGGCUCGUCCCGGAGGAAGUCCAAGUCCAAGGGCGCGGCCGCCGAGAGCAAGGAGCAGAAGGCGGGCAGCCUCGGCAUGCAGACCUACUCGGUGGAGAUGCCCGCCAUGUCGCCCGGCAGCGGCGGCAUGAUGGGCGGCGGCGGCGGCGGCGGCGGCAUCGACGAACUCCAGAAAAGGGUGCCAAAGCUGAUCUUCAAGAAAGGAAGCAGGAAGAACACAGACAAAAGCUACCUGAACUUCGUGUCGCCGCUGCCCGACCUCGUGGGGCAGAAGUCCCUGUCCGGGAAGCCCGGCGGCUCCCUGGGCAUCGCCUCGAACGCCGGCACGGACGCCAUCGGCCUCCUCCAGGGCGCCGGCGGCAAGCAAGGCCCGAUGAACAGCAAUUACGACGACGCCAUGCAGUUCUCCAAGAAGAGGAGAUACCUGCCCACCCCCACCAGCAACAGUGCCUUCUCGAUCAACGUGGGCCACAUGGUCUCCCCGCCGUCCGUCAUCCAGGCCGCCGGGGUCAGCGUGCUGGAGAGCGAGGCCCCGCUGUCGCUCAUCGACUCCUCGGCGCUGAACGCGGACGUCAAGUCUUGUCACGACAAGUCCGGCAUUCCCGACGAGGUCCUGCAGAGCAUUCUGGAUCAGUACUCCAGCAAGUCGGAGGGCCAGAAGGAGGACCCCUUCAGCAUCGCCGAGCCCCGAGUGGAUUUACACGCCUCAGGGGAGCACUCGGAGCUGGUCCCGGAGGGGAACCUGAGCCCCGGCACCCAGACCCCGGCCAGCGACAAGGCGAUCGUGUUGCAGGAAUACUCCAAAUACCUCCAGCAGGCCUUCGAGAAGUCCACCAACGCAGGGUUCGCGCUGGGACACGGGUUCCAGUUCGUCAGCCUGUCCUCACCUCUCCACAACCACACGCUGUUCCCGGAAAAACAGAUUUACACUACGUCUCCCCUGGAGUGUGGUUUCGGCCAGUCUGUUACCUCAGUGUUGCCAUCUUCGUUGCCAAAGCCUCCCUUUGGGAUGUUGUUCGGAUCUCAGCCGGGGCUGUACCUGUCCGCUCUGGACGCCACCCAUCAGCAGCUGACCCCUUCCCAGGAGCUGGACGAUCUGAUCGACUCUCAGAAGAACCUAGAGACUUCCUCGGCCUUCCAGUCCUCAUCUCAGAAACUGGCGAGCCAGAAGGAGCAGCAGAAAACCUUGGAGUCCUCCACCAGCUUUCAGAUGCCCUCUCAGGAGCUGGCGAGCCAGAUCGACCCUCAGAAGGACAUGGAGCCGCGAGCAACGUACCAGAUUGAGAACUUUGCACAGGCCUUCGGUUCUCAGUUUAAGUCGGGCAGCAGGGUGCCAAUGACCUUUGUCAGUAACUCUAACGGCGAGGUGGACCACAGAGUCAGGACUUCGGUGUCAGAUUUCUCAGGGUACACAAACAUGAUGUCUGAUGUGAGUGAGCCAUGUAGUACGAGAGUCAAGACUCCCACCAGCCAGAGUUACAGGUAAGCCCCCAGGUGACAGGCUGGAGGCCGAAGGAUGCGGUUUCUGUGUCGUUCUGAGAACACUGCCAUUGGAAUGUUUGAACACGAUCCUCUACAGAAUAAUGUAAUGCCCUUUCAAUGCAACUUUUCAUAUUCAGUUUAUUUUGUUAGUGUGAUUUUAGCUGUUUCUAUUAUGAUUUUUAAUCGAAAUCAAUAGAUUAAAAAUAGUUUGACAUUCAAAGUGACAAUGUUUAGCAAUCAAAUUUACAUGUAUAGAUCGUCAGGGAAUAGCCCAAAAGUUUUAAAUGCAAAAAAAAAAACACAAAAAAAAAAAACAAAAAAAGGAAGAAAAAAAAGAUGUAAAAAACAAAAGAAAAAAACUUUGUUGCUAGGAUUAAGGUUAUUCUAAUUGCUUUACUCUCAGGAAAGUGUAAUAACGCAUGGGAAUUCUGUACACUAUCGCUGUAAUGGAAUAUCCAGUUUACAGAUGGUAUGGUAUACGUUUCACCAUUUAAGUAAGGGAUCGAAAACAUUUCAAAUUGCUCUGUCUGGGCUGAUAGGAUUUAUGUUUCAUCAUUUGAGUAAGGGAUCGAAAACAUUUCAAAUUGCUGUCUCCACCUGGGCCGAUGCAAAAUUCCGAGCUGUGGGCUACCUGUGUUGUGUUGCGGCUUCUUACUGUGCUCUGAGCUUCCAGACCACGUCCACCCCAGCCUGGCAGGGCAGAGAUUCUGGGGUCUUUGAUCAAAGCCUGGAAUGAUAGCUUUAAUGAAAGAAGAAAUAAUUUUUAAAAAGCACCCUCUCCUUGCCCCAGCUGUGCCGAGGCUGCAGUUCCACGAAGAGUCAGCUGACUGACGCCUGGCCCAGUGUGGAAGCCCGAGUCGGGGUUCAGUGUUAGGACCCACGUUGGAGUCACAUAGUUCUUUGAAAUUGGGGUGUGUGUGGUUGUGCACAGCCUGAGACACUCUCCUCUUGUUGCACGGCACCCCCACUUCUGGGUGCUCGUGUUUUUGUUUUUUUUCUUCUAAACCUGCCCUCUUUCUAAGUUCUGGGCCUCCCCUCUCUUGACAGUUUCCACUUUAGAAUGAGUUACAUUCCAGUGAGCAUGUCACAUGCCGAUGGCAUCCAAAUACUAAACAGUAAGACAAACACCUGCCACUCCCCACCCUGAACAACAGGAGAACCCCAAACAGAUUUUUAUGCAUCAUAACCCCCACGUGCUCGGAGCUGGAGCCAUGACUAAGGUGUGUAAUUCCAGCUGGUGCCAUAGCGAACGGAGGGGCGGGGGCGCCCGCCUUCCGUAGUGACCUCAGAGCCUCUCGGUGGAGCCGCAGCCUCGGCCGCACGCUGCGAAGGGGCGUCCGUCAGUAUUGUGCGGGGGUCGUGGGAGGUGACCCCAGCCAGCUCUCCACCCGCGUUGCCAUUUGCGGCUGCUGGUGACAGUGGCUCUGCUCCAAACCACUUUUAGCCAUUGUAUUUUUUUCCUGAUUAUAUUUUUUAAUGUACCGGGGUGUUCAUGCGAUGAGUUUUUAUGUACUUUGGUGAUGUGUCAGUCUUACGUCCUCUGCUGACGUCAGGAAAGUACCACCGUUUGUUUGCAGUCUUAUUGUGUAACCAGCCUACCCGGCUCCCAUGUACAAUACGGUGAUUAAUUUUGUGCAAGUGUGAGACCCUUCUGCUAUGAAGGCAGUGUUUGGGAAGUAAGAAAUUAUUAAGAUGGUUACAGAAUACUAGUUAACUUCCUCCCCCCACUUUUGCUCCCUCCGCGUGCUCCUGCCCGCUGAGGGGGCACCUCCGUGUCACUGCAGGAUUCUUAGGAGACGUGUUUAACCCUCUGACACACACCUGGUCCCAAAGUCUGUAUUCUCAUUUGGGGAACGCGGUUCAGUUCUCGGGGUGCAGAGGACGAGCUGUGAGGGGGCUGGAGAGCACCUUUCCCGCUGUAUCGUAAGAUGUACGGUUCCCCCGUGUUUUGUUUUAUACAGGUUUUGGAUUUCUCUAACUUUUAUUGUGUGUACUGAAACUGCAUAUGUAUUAUUCUGAUUGUUUGCUCUAGUUUACUACCAAUAAAAGACCUGUUAAUCACAAAA